UCGUCAACAAGAAAUUGAAGAGAAACUCAUAGAGGAAGAAACUGCUCGAAGAGUGGAAGAGCUUGUGGCUAAACGUGUAGAAGAAGAGUUGGAGAAAAGGAAGGAUGAGAUUGAGCGAGAGGUUCUCCGCAGGGUGGAGGAAGCUAAGCGCAUCAUGGAAAAACAGUUGCUCGAAGAACUCGAGCGACAGCGACAAGCUGAACUUGCAGCACAAAAAGCCAGAGAGGAAGAAGAGCGUGCAAAGCGUGAGGAACUAGAGCGAAUACUAGAAGAGAAUAAUCGAAAAAUUGCAGAAGCACAAGCUAAACUGGCUGAAGAACAAUUGAAAAUUGUUGAAGAACAAAGAAAGAUUCAUGAGGAGAGGAUGAAACUAGAACAAGAGAGACAACGUCAGCAAAAGGAAGAGCAAAAAAUUAUCCUGGGCAAAGGAAAGUCUAGGCCAAAACUGUCCUUCUCACUAAAAAGCCAGGAUUAAAUUGCAACUCUGAACUCUUAAAAGGAAAAAAGAAAGAAACAAAAAAAAAAACCCAACGAAAAAGCAAAACAAAAAAAAACUUUGUAUGGUAGCUUCAUGUUGAAGUGGUUUUUUUUUUUUUCUCUCUCAAUUUUUUUUUUUUUGUCUUUUUUGAAAGUCUGGAAAAUUAGCUUGUUCUAAUAGGGGCUGUGCUCUGCAAUUCUUAAUUUUUUUUUAAAACUUCCAUUAAGUUAAACCCUUAUCAGAUCAUUGUUGCCUUUUAGAGGGUAAUCUAUUCUCAUCAAUUUUGUUUCUGUACUAGUGGUCUGAAGCAGUUCAGGUCACUUUAUGAAUUGUGGAUGAUCUGAUAAGGUUUUACUGACCUACUCAUCAGAGUUUGACUCUGAUAAUUGACAGAACUUUAUACUGGGUAUUGCUGACUUUUAAUUUUUUUUUUUUUUUUAAAAGUCAGUAAAUACAUGAGUAAAUUGCCAUAGUAUUACUGGACCUCUGUGGUUUAUUGUUAAAUCAGUGUCCUAUGAUACUGUCCCAUUGUUGCGCUUGAUGUUCCUGAUACAGGUAAGGAAAUAGUUUGUCAUUUCUGCUAUGACUACAUAGAGAGAGUUCAGUAUUGUCUCUGUUAGAUUUGUUUUUAUUACAUUGACGGCAUUCAACCAGCGUUCCCCAUUGUGUAAAUAAACCAAUUUGCUGAAUAAAGUGAAAGUCUUAAAUUCAUA